AUGAAUAUUCUGACUAUAACUUUUCCUGUUAAUCUACUGUACCAUAUCACACAUUUGUUAUGUAUUAUUAGUCCUCCAAUUAAUCCUAUCGCAACUCUAAAAAAUGGAAAAAACACAUCAUUUUCAUUUGUUUCACCGCAAUUUAACACUGUUUCCAGUAAGGAAGACUGCUCAUUAUAUCGCAAUAAUAAACUCUCUUCGAGAGAUUCGAGAGUAUCGUACGUGGCCGAGGAACGGUUUUAUAAAAUGAUAACCGACAAGUACUCGGAAGUGGAUAAGUUGAUAGAAGGUCACAGUGAUCCCAACGACAAUCUACAGCUCCGUUUAAACUUCCUACAAUGUACUUCUAAUUUGAAGCUGUCGGACAUGCUCAGAAGAAACAGUAAUCAAAAACAUCACAAACUAUCAGUGAUAGCGGAUAUGAAGAGGAGAACGCCGACACACAAUCCGACCUGUGAUAAUAAUGUCUUGUCGUACUCGAACGCAGGGGAAGUGGGCCUGAGUAUGGCGUCAGUCGGGUUUGACAUAAUCUUUGUCAACACGGACGAGGUUAACUACGGAGGGCACAUUAACGACCUAUAUAAGACGUUUUUGGAGUUGAGGAAGUUAGGAAGGAGGGAGAGGCCAGCUAUAGUUAUGAAAGAUAUCAUACUACACCCAAUCCAGAUUGCACAAGCAGCUGAGUUGAGAGCAGAUGGAGUGAUAUUGAACGCAGCAAUUCUGGGAAAGGUCCUGGGAGAUCUUUUAGGCACCUGCGUUACAAUGGGAAUAGAGGCAAUAGCAGAGGUGCAUACGGUGGCCGAAGCACUAAAGUCAAUAGACAUGGGAUUUACACACAUCAUGGUAAACCAAUGGGACAGAAUAAAGAAUGUUUUAUAUCCGACCAGAGCACUAGAAGUUAAGGAGGCACUGCCAGAAAAUGUGACAGCAAUAGCAGCUGGAGGAAUCAUGACAAUGGAUCAAGUGCAUCAGUUGGCGCUUGCAGGAUACGACGCAAUAGUACUGGGAAGGAGACUGAUAUACCCGGAUGUACCGGAUUUUAUGAAGCAGGUCAAAGGGUGGAAGGGGCCCUCAAAACCGAUUUUGAAAAUAAGCAAGAGUCAGUUCUUCGACUACACCGAGGCCGAGGACGGAAGAGUCAACAUUACCCUAAAGAAGAACCACCUGGCACUAUUGAACGAAAUGAACUACUUCUACUUCGGAAAAGGAAGCGACGUCAACAUAUCAGACGAACUGGAGGAAAUAAAUAAGAUAGAAGAAUACAAAAUAGAUUACGAAAAGGAGCUGACUGAAGAACAAAAGUCAAGAGAGAUCAUAAUCAACAUGGGAACGCCAAGAGAAGAUUCGAAGGUGAAGGUGAGUAACAUAGCGACGACAGUGGAAGGACAGGAGGAAAACUUCGACAUAAACAUACACAACCACAACAAAAGAGGAGAAAUGUUCAAGCUGAAGUGGUUCGUGGAAAAGAAGAAGUGGUUAAAGCAGAACAAACACCUAUACAAAAGCGACCAGGAAGCGUCGGACGCAUACGAUCUGAAGAAGGCAAUCGAGAUGUACAACCACUACAGAUACAUAGCGAAGCCAAGAUUUGUCGGAGUGCUGUCGGACGAGGAGAUCGCGGAAACGGAAAGGGCUCUGCUGAAAAACGUGAAAAUGAAGUACGAAGCGGCCCCUAAGGUGGACGGGAAGGUGAACCUGGACUUUGAGAGCCUCACAACGCCAACUACACACGAGUGA